GCAGCGACCGCCGCCAGUCUGAGGCAGGUGCCCGACAUGGCGAGUGCUGUGCUGCCGAGCGGAUCCCAGUGUGCGGCGGCAGCGGCUGUGGCGGCGGCGGCAGCGCCUCCCGGGCUCCAGCUCCGGCUCCUGCUGUUGCUCCUCUCGGCCGCGGCACUGAUCCCCACAGGUGAUGGACAGAAUCUCUUUACUAAAGACGUGACAGUGGUUGAGGGAGAAGUCGCAACCAUCAGCUGCCAAGUCAAUAAGAGCGACGACUCUGUGAUUCAGCUGCUGAAUCCCAACAGGCAGACCAUUUACUUCAAGGACUUCAGGCCUUUGAAGGACAGCAGGUUUCAGCUGCUGAAUUUUUCCAGCAGUGAACUCAAAGUGUCACUGACAAAUGUCUCAAUUUCGGAUGAAGGGAGAUACUUCUGCCAACUCUACACCGACCCCCCGCAGGAGAGUUACACCACCAUCACAGUGUUGGUCCCUCCGCGUAACCUGAUGAUCGAUAUCCAGAAGGACACUGCAGUUGAAGGGGAGGAGAUUGAAGUCAACUGCACCGCCAUGGCCAGCAAGCCAGCCACCACCAUCAGAUGGUUCAAAGGGAACAAGGAGCUCAAAGGCAAAUCGGAGGUGGAAGAGUGGUCGGACAUGUACACUGUGACCAGUCAGCUGAUGCUGACAGUGCACAAGGAGGAUGAUGGGGUCCCAGUGAUCUGUCAGGUGGAGCACCCUGCGGUCACUGGAAACCUGCAGACCCAGCGGUAUCUGGAAGUGCAGUAUAAGCCGCAAGUGCAUAUCCAGAUGACUUACCCUCUACAAGGCCUAACCCGGGAAGGGGAUGCGCUUGAGUUAACAUGUGAAGCCAUCGGGAAGCCCCAGCCCGUGAUGGUAACUUGGGUGAGAGUCGAUGACGAAAUGCCUCAACACGCCGUACUGUCCGGGCCAAACCUGUUCAUCAAUAACCUAAACAAAACAGACAAUGGUACUUACCGUUGUGAGGCUUCUAACACAGUGGGGAAAGCUCAUUCGGACUACAUGCUGUAUGUAUACGAUCCCCCCACAACUAUCCCUCCUCCCACAACAACCACCACCACCACCACCACCACCACCACCAUCCUUACCAUCAUCACAGACACCACGGCGACGACAGAACCAGCAGUUCACGGCCUUACUCAGUUGCCCAAUUCCGCAGAAGAACUGGACAGUGAGGACCUCUCAGACUCUCGAGCAGGUGAAGAGGGCGCCAUUGGUGCGGUGGACCACGCAGUGAUUGGCGGUGUUGUGGCUGUGGUCGUGUUUGCCAUGCUUUGCUUGCUCAUCAUUCUGGGCCGCUAUUUUGCCAGACAUAAAGGUACAUACUUCACUCAUGAAGCCAAAGGAGCCGAUGACGCAGCAGACGCAGACACAGCUAUAAUCAAUGCAGAAGGAGGACAGAACAACUCCGAAGAAAAGAAAGAGUACUUCAUCUAGAUCAGCCUUUUUGUUCCAAUGAGGUGUCCAACUGGCCCUGUUUAGAUGAUAAAGAGACAGUGAUACUGGAACUUGCGAGACGCUCGUGUGUUUUUUAUGAGUGGGUGGAAAGAUGCGAGACUGGGAAGACUUGGGGUUUGCUAUGUAAAAACAAAAAGAAAAAAAUGUUCUUUGAAAAGUACGCUCUGCUGUUUGACACCUCUUUUUAUCUGGUUUUAAUUUGGUUUGGGUUUGGGUUUUGGUUUUUUUUGUGUGUGUUUUUUUUUUUUUUAAUUUUUCUUUCUU